AGUCCAAAAGAAGCAGAAGAUGAAGCAUAUGGACAAUCGACGAAGCUUUUUGAACAUUGGUCAUUACUUGGCCACAUUCUCAACAGAUAUGAGGCUACUAUACGCAAAAGGUGGCUGAAAAAGGGCCAGGAACAACGCAGGAAGAUUUUAUUAGAAGCAUGGCCCAAUAUACCAUCUUCCCAUAGACCAGACUUUCGGGCUCUUCGUCGAGAGUCGGAAGAACAGAGACAGGCUGGUACAAGAUUUGAAGAUGCCUUCAUGUGGCCUUAUAUCAACCAGGAGGAUCUUUGCCGUGGAAAGACUCUGCUAUUGCUUCUCAACGCCCGAGGACGAAAUGCCCCCAGUGUCUUCAUUUUUCAAGACAUCCAAAGUAUUCACGUUGGGCAGUCGAGCAAUGCAAUUCAAGAAAUUUUCCUCACCAGCCACCGGGACAUGGUCCUAGAAGGCAAUUCGCCAGCUACAUAUGGAAGGGUCCUUCCAGAGAAAGACAGGGAGUUCGUCAAUAAUAAUUCAAUCAAAAAAUUAGAAGGGAAAAUGAUGUGCUCUUCCGAUGUGCUAUACACACUAAGGAUCCAGGAGCAUUUGCUUGGAUUUCUUGUCGCUUGCUGCACAAUAAUCUUGCGGGACAAAGGACCAAAUCUCACCGAUGACAUGGUUCUUACUAUUCCAGAACUACCCACACUCCAGUCAGAUGCAAGUGAUGCACAAUACCGCUCUGCAGCAGCAUUAGCUACCGAAGCACCUUAUGUCGUUCCGGGCCAGGUGGAUUUGGUUCGCUUGAGAGAACUUGCCAGUGCGAGGCUCUCAGCGGCAGAAGACCAUUUUUGGGCACUCCGAGAGGAUCCAGGAUAUUUCACUGAUGUCCUUGGAGACUGGACUGAGCACUCCUCUGAAAUGAUUCUGGACGACCGUGGAAAGCAGCAUCGCGAUGUAACAGAUCCUCCAAGGAGACACAUAUUCCUCAGCCGGGCUUUAGGGCAUAUGGUGUCAAACGCUUAUGAAGACAUCAAUCUUUGGCAUGUGAUACAAAAUCAGCUUGAUGAGUUAAUUAAACUGGAUCGAACUUUUAUAAAUUUUGGGUAUAAAUAUGAAGAGGAAUGCCCAGAGUAUUUGGGCGCCCUACGAAAGCUCAAGGUUUUCCUUGACCAGCGUCUGGUUGGUUUCUACUUGAUGAAAUUGCAAAUACAAUUUCCGGCUUCACCUCCCAUUCGCAGCCUUUUUCAACGACUGCCCAACCCCGUCGACCCAUAUCUCGGAUAUAGUGUCUACCCUAGAGCUGGUGAUAUAAGUGACACAAAAGACGACCUCCUCUGGCUAUUUUGCCAGUUUUUAGAUCAUGAAUUCCUGCAUAUAUGCGGAUUCGAGAAUGUCGCCGUUGAGCUGGAGAGACUGAUACAGAAUGACCAAAAGCAGAAGGAGCGCAUAACACCCUUCCUGGCAAGGACUUUUGCAGACGUUGGACUUGCCGGCGAGCUGCGAAAUCAGCUUGGGAUUUACCGUCCUCGAAUCUUCCUAAAGAGAGGGAAUAGAGCCCUCGCUGCGCUCGAAGAAAAUGACAUGGAGGGCUGGGGCCCCGAGCUCAUUCGGCCCUCUUGGGACCUAUCGAGAGUUCUGGAUGAGUCCGCAGGCAAGGAUUAUAUUCAAUUGGGAGAAGACGGAGACCCAACGUCUGGGAAGUUUUAUUACCCAAUCGGCAAACGCAGGUCGAAGGAAACCAUCGACGCGAUGCGCAAUGCGGAAAAGAACCUGGAUGAUUUCUGGCUUAAAUUUGAUGAACAACUUCGCGAUAGAAUCGACGAAGACUCAUAUGAGUACUUGCAGCGAAUUGCACCGAGUGAUCGUCACUUGCAACGGACUGGAGAAUGGAUCGAGCCUGAACAGCCCAGGAGUCCUCCCAGCACCAUGGUUCCGGAAACGAUAAAUAGUAUAUCUGAUCUUCACAUGGAACUGGAAAUAAGAACCCAGAACACCAUCGCACCAGAGGUACCUACUGUUGUUAAAACGAAAGUCAAGACCCGCGGCAUCGCCCAACCUAUACCCGAGCAGCGCCCACAAGUUGACCUAGACCAACUGGACACGACCAACCAGCAACCGCGAUUCACGCUAAAAAGGCGUGAUUACAACGUCUUUCUGGCCCUAUUCUAUAAACCAGAAUCAAAACAACAACCAGGCGAGGUACCUUGGUCUGAUUUUCUACAUGCCAUGACCUGCACGGGGUUUAUUCCCGAGAAGCUCUAUGGCUCAGUAUGGCAGUUCACUCCCACAAAUUUGGAUGUGGAACGAAGCAUACACUUUCACGAACCGCAUCCAUAUAGUAGGAUCCCAUUCCGGGUUGCUCGACGGUAUGGUCGACGCUUGAAUCGGGCAUAUGCGUGGGAUGGAUCUAUGUUUGAUCUUGAAAAGUGA